AUGAUCCAUCAUCACAAAAGCUUGAUAACUAUACUAUUAUUAAUUUUCACAGUAUCAUCAUUAGUUCAAGGACGAGUACCCUUUGCAUGUGAUCCAAGAAACGGUUUCACAAGAGGGUACAGAUUCUGCAACACAAACAUACCAAUUCACGUUAGAGUACAAGACCUUAUUGGAAGACUUACAUUACCUGAAAAGAUAAGACUUGUUGUAAACAAUGCAAUUGCAGUUCCAAGACUUGGUAUACAAGGCUACGAGUGGUGGUCGGAAGCUUUACACGGCGUUUCUAACGUCGGUCCGGGGACUAAAUUCGGUGGCGCUUUUCCGGGAGCCACUAGUUUUCCUCAAGUUAUCACCACCGCUGCUUCUUUUAAUCAAUCUUUGUGGCUCGAAAUUGGUCGGGUUGUGUCUGAUGAAGCACGAGCAAUGUACAAUGGUGGUGCAGCAGGGUUAACUUAUUGGAGUCCUAAUGUAAAUAUUUUCCGUGAUCCACGGUGGGGCCGUGGCCAAGAGACACCCGGCGAAGACCCUAUAUUGGCCGCAAAAUAUGCGGCCAGCUAUGUUCAAGGACUACAAGGCAACGGCGCAGGUAACCGGCUUAAGGUUGCAGCUUGCUGUAAACAUUACACUGCCUAUGACCUUGAUAAUUGGAACGGUGUAGACAGGUUUCAUUUCAAUGCCAAGGUGAGUAAACAGGAUUUAGCAGACACAUAUGAUGUACCAUUCAAGGCAUGUGUGUCCGAAGGAAAUGUAGCGAGUGUAAUGUGUUCCUACAAUCAGGUCAAUGGCAAACCCACAUGUGCUGAUCCCGAACUCCUUCGCAACACCAUCCGUGGCGAAUGGCGCCUCAAUGGGUACAUAGUAUCGGAUUGUGACUCAGUUGGAGUUUUCUACGACACCCAACACUACACGAGAACACCUGAAGAGGCUGCAGCCGAUGCGAUUAAAGCGGGGUUGGAUUUAGAUUGUGGCCCAUUUUUAGCCCUACAUACUGAUGGUGCUAUUAGGCAAGGACUUAUGUCUGAAAAUGACCUUAACAAUGCUUUAGCUAACCUUAUUACAGUUCAAAUGAGAUUGGGUAUGUUUGAUGGAGAGCCUUCAGCCCAACCAUAUGGGAAUUUAGGCCCAAGAGAUGUUUGUUUACCGGCCCAUAACGAAGUAGCAGUUGAAGCAGCUAGACAGGGCAUUGUUCUUCUGCAAAACAAAGGAAAUGCAUUGCCAUUAUCCCCUACACGCUUCCGCAACAUAGGAGUCAUUGGUCCCAAUUCUGAUGUAACUGUUACAAUGAUUGGAAACUAUGCUGGUGUGGCGUGUGGUUAUACAACACCGUUGCAAGGUAUUGCCAGAUAUGCGAGGACCAUUCAUCAAGUAGGAUGUAGGGAUGUGAGUUGUGGUGGGAACCAGCUAUUUGGGGAGGCAGAGAUAGUAGCAAGACAAGCUGAUGCAACAGUAUUAGUAAUGGGCUUAGACCAGUCCAUAGAAGCUGAAUUUAGAGACAGGGUUGGGCUUCUUUUACCAGGCCAUCAACAAGAGCUAGUGUCUAGAGUAGCUAGGGCUGCGAGAGGCCCGGUUAUAUUGGUCCUCAUGUCUGGUGGCCCUAUUGAUGUUACUUUUGCUAAAAAUGAUCCCAAAAUUAGUGCUAUUCUGUGGGUUGGUUAUCCUGGUCAAUCUGGAGGAACUGCUAUUGCUGAUGUUAUCUUUGGCAGAACCAACCCAGGAGGGAGGUUACCAAAUACAUGGUACCCACAAGGUUAUUUGAGCAAAGUGCCAAUGACAAACAUGGACAUGCGGCCAAACCCAGCAAUAGGGUACCCGGGAAGAACCUAUAGAUUCUACAAUGGCCCAGUAGUAUUCCCAUUUGGGCAUGGGCUAAGUUAUUCAAGAUACACUCACACCUUAGCACUUGCUCCUAAACAAGUCUCAGUCCCUUAUGUAUCCCUCCAGGCCCAAGCCUUCACAAACUCAAGUAACAAAGGAAUAAAAGUGAGCCAUGCAAAAUGUGAUGAAUUGGAAGUAGGUUUCCAUGUGGAUGUGAAAAAUGAAGGGACAAUGGAUGGAGCCCACACACUUCUAAUAUUCUCAAAACCACCUAAUGGAGUUAAACAAUUGGUGAACUUUCAUAAGACUUACGUUCCGGCUGGAUCAAAGACACGUGUUAAGGUUGGUGUUCAUGUUUGUAACCACCUCUCAGUUGUCGAUGAGUUUGGGGUUCGAAGAAUCCCAAUUGGUAAACAUGAACUUCACAUUGGUGAUCUCAAACAUUCUAUUUUGGUUCAAACUUAA